AAGCGAUUGGGGAUAGGGGAUUAUACAAAUAUUCAUUGGGUGUCUAGGGAUUUCGAAUCUCUGCCCACAUUGGUGGAAAUGAAAGAAUUGAACUAACUGAAUAAUACCCACUAACAUUACAACUCAUACAUUAAUCAUUGUAUUUCCCUUAAUCCAUAUAUAUUAUUUUUUGGUUAUUUUUUCUUUCUGAAAAUUCAAACUAGUCUGGAAUCAAAUUGGAAUCUACGAACGGUGUGAUGGACUCAGUCUAUGUGAAAGCCUUGGUUUCCAAGCAGCUGACUGUGGGGACCCGAGGUUCUUAAUUAUAUUCUAAGAAGACUAAGCUCCUUUAAAUAGAGCAUAGCGUUGGCAUUAUUUUCCAAGUGACCUCUAAGUGUUAAAGUAGAACUCGGCCAUACAAAAAUUGUUCAAGUAGAUCAAUUCGUCUAUACAAAAAGUGUUUAUCUAAAAAAUAAAAAUAAAUAAAAAAGAUGCCUUCAUUCAUAAAAUUCCUAAAGUUUUGUGUUUGCGAAAAGGACAUUUCAUGUUCUCUCUACAAUACGAAGCAAAAGAUAGUGAUCAAGGUGCAAUUGACCUCUCAGAACUGCAGAACCAAGGCCUUGAAGAUUGCUGCAGAAGCCAAAGGUGUGAGCAAUGUUUCCAUAGACGUAGAGAAAGCGGUAGUGGAGGUGAUUGGAAUUGGAGUUGAUGCCGUUUCCUUGGCACAGUCAUUGGAGAAGCAGCUUGGCUUUGCUUCCAUUGUUAGUGUUGGAGAAGUGAAAAAACCAGAGGAGCCAAAGCCAGCCAUUCCAAUUGAAUGGACAUCAAGCUAUAUUCACUGUCCACGGUAUGCUGUGCACUAUGAUGGAUUCUGCCGAUGUUAAACGAAGCACUGUUUAAUUAAGUGCUUCUGAGAACGUAUCAAUUAUUUCUGGCUGUUGUUAAACCCUUAAGUUGUAAAUCUUUGCCUUUUUACAAUUAGUAAAAGGCAAACAUUUGCACUAUAUUUACUUGAUUAUCAUUGAAAUUGUAUUGAUUAUAAAGUUUAUGGGGGAACCUUUGAUUAA